ACAACUGACUUCGCACAUGAGCCUCCUAUCUCAAUCCCGUAGAAGCUUAGGUGAGACUCAGAGAGCAACCAAACCAAACCAAACCAAGCAGACUCAAUCUCUCUCUCUCUCUCUCUCUCUCUCUCUGACUGUCUGGUAGACCCUCCCGCUCAGCAGUUGUGUUUCUCACUCUCGGUUUUGCGCUUUUUUUAAUUUUUUUUUUUGGCUCUCUCACUUUUUCUCUCUCUGUGAACUAAGCUUCGCUGGGGAUAUCAAAGAGAUAUUUGACUUUUUAUUAAUUUUUUUUGUGAGAGCGAGAGAGGGUGUCGGAGGAGGGAGCUAGCUAGCUAGCUGUAGAGCAAUCAAGAAUGACGAGAAUGCCACUGAGCUUCACGUCCAUGGCGGACAUGGAAGCUCUGCUGGCUGGUUGGUGGGACGAUGUCAAUGGGUCCUCUCAGUGGCAAGACGGGAUCUUCUACACUCUCUGUGCUGCUUAUGCCCUUGUCUCCUCCAUCGCUUUGAUUCAAUUAAUAAGGAUUGAGUUGAGAGUGCCCGAAUAUGGUUGGACGACGCAGAAAGUUUUCCAUCUUAUGAACUUCAUUGUUAAUGGAGUACGUGCUAUUGUGUUUGGAUUUCACUCGCAAGUGUUUCUGUUGCGUCCAAGGGUUCUAUUUUUGGUGUUAUUGGAUCUUCCGGGCCUUCUAUUUUUCUCUACAUACACACUCCUUGUCCUUUUUUGGGCAGAGAUAUACCACCAGGCAAGAAGUUUACCGACCGAUAAGCUUAGAAUUGUUUAUAUUUCAGUUAAUGCUGGAAUAUAUUUAGUACAGGUUUGCAUCUGGGUAUACCUUUGGAUUGAUGACAACAGCAUUGUAGAAUUCAUUGGGAAAAUAUUUAUUGCAGUUGUGUCAAUCAUAGCCGCAUUAGGGUUCUUGCUGUAUGGUGGAAGAUUAUUUUUCAUGCUGAGACGCUUUCCUAUUGAAUCAAAAGGAAGAAGGAAGAAGCUUCAUGAGGUUGGAUCUGUUACAGCCAUAUGUUUCACCUGUUUUCUAAUAAGAUGCUUUGUGGUUCUUUUAUCUGCUUUUGAUACGGAUGCAUCACUUGAUGUUUUGUAUCAUCCUGUUUUGAACGUAAUCUACUACAUGCUGGUUGAGAUACUGCCUUCAGCUCUAGUCCUCUACAUACUGCGUAAGUUGCCUCCCAAGAGAAUAUCAGCGCAAUAUCACCCUAUCCGUUAACCAUGGAGCAUCUUGGAUCUCAGUUUUCUUUUUUCUCCAUCGAAAAUGAUUUUCUUAGUCUGGGAGUUAGAUCCUACAGGAGUUGAGCAGGAGAGCCAAGAACAAGAAAAUCCAGAUGUAGUAUUCUGGUAUGGCUCAUUAAGCCGGCAAUUCUUUUUUGUCAUGUAUAUUACACGUAUAUUUGCAGCUUGCUAAAGGGAAGAAUUUGAAUUCAUUUCUUCAAUUCUUCUUGGGUUAUGACCACUGGUUGUGAUCUUGGUCAGCAUAUGGGAAAAGGAAAGAGUUUUUUUUUUUUGGUUGUAAUUUAAUGUUGUAGGUCUCACUUUAGACUGUUGUUAGUGUUUAAAAAUCAUGGUGUGUCGAACAGUUAUUGAAACUAUAUAUUUAUUUUUCCCCAUAAAUUAACAUGCCAUAUGAUGUUUCUAGUUUGCUUUUAUAGGUGUUUAGUGGUAUUCAUUGUAAAGGUUAAGAAUGAAUGUACUUUAUAUUUUGUUUAAAUUA